AUGACAAAAUGCAAAAAUGAAUUGAGAAUUUUGAAAGAUUCCAUUAAAAAAAAAAUUGAUGUAUACAAAUACAAUGAAAAGAAUGAUUUUUAUAUAAAGUAUAAAAGCCUUAUACACCGAUGUGAUAAACAAAUAGAUAUAGAACGAAUUCGUUUGGGAAGUUAUUUAUUUAAGAAAGAUGAAGCAUAUAUGAAUGAAAAAGAUAUAAACAAAUUAUUGAAUAAAAUUAUAAAAAAGAAAAUAACACAUGAAUAUAUUUGGAAUAGAAUAAGAAAUAUGAUUUUUAAAUUUAAUUUAGUUAAUGUAGAUAAUAAAAAGAUUACUUCUUUGUCCACAAAUUCUUCUUCAUCUCUUACUUACAUUAUGAACAAUAAAAAAAAUAUUUUUUUUUAUAACAAAUGUUAUGAUCAUAUUAAUGUAUAUUUAUUAUCUAUUGCUUUACAAGUUAUUAAUAAAAGAAAUAGCACCUUUUUUAAUUUUCUAUAUUCAUAUAUUAAUGCUUUUUUUGCAAAUAUGGAACCAAGACAUUUUCUACAUAUCUUCUAUAUUUUAGUAAAAAAUACAUAUCGUGAUUUAAAUAAAUUAUUAAAUAAUAAUAAUAAUCAUACAAAUAAACAUGACAAUCAUAAUAGUACUAUUCAUAUCGAAGAAUGUCAACUAUCUAAUAUAAACCAUACUCUUUUUGUCAAACAAAAAUAUGCCCAUCAUAUUUAUUAUUCGCAAAAAAAUUUUAUUGAACUUUUAACCAAGUAUUGUAUUGAUAAAAUUAACUAUUUCUCUUUUAAUGAUAUUGGUUUGAUUUGUGACGCCCUCACCUACUUCUCCCUGAAACAAAACCCUUUCGUAGAAUACUGGAAUGAAUUCCUCCUGUACAUUUUUGACAUACAUAAUAAAGUCAAUCAAAAAAAUAUACCAUAUGCUCAAAAGGGAGAAGAUAAAAUAUAUGAACGUGAACAAAAUAGCAUAAAUGAAAUAUAUGAACGUGAAAAAAAUAGCAUAAAUGAAAUAUAUGAACGUGAAAAAAAUAGCCAAAAUGAAAUAUAUGAACGUGAAAAAAAUAGCCAAAAUGAAAUAUAUGAACGUGAAAAAAAUAGCAUAAAUGAAAUAUAUCCACAUGAACAAAAUAGCCAAAAAAUAAAAAAAAAUUCUUUUUUUUCGGAUAACCCUUCGGAAAAAAAACAUGAACCUUCAGAAUCCUUUAUAAAGAGAAAAAUGAAAGCCUUUAAAAAAAUAGACCAUUCCUUUAUUGACUAUGAUGAAUAUAUAGAAUUGAAUGGAAAAAACAUUUUGAGUAUCCUUAAAUAUAUUGUGAGUUAUUAUGAGGUAUAUCCUUGUAUAAAAAAGGUUGCAAAUAGAAUUAGCAUAAUUUUGGUAAAUCAAGCCAUUGAUUUAACUCUCCAUGAAUGUUCAGAAAUUUUAUAUCACUUAAAUCGUUUGAGUGCGUUAGAUCAAAUAUUGUUGAAAGAUAAAAUAAGUAUAUAUGAGUAUCAGCUAAAGGACACGUUUUUAACAACGUAUGAUAUAGGUUGUUUAUUAAAAAUAGCUCAAGUGUUGAAUGAACAAAAUUAUUAUGAUAACAUUCCAUUUUUGCAUAUAUUUUUAUAUAACAUACAUAAAUUUUCGUUAGAAAACGCCUCUCUUUUGUUUCAUUUAAUUUGUAAAAAUUAUGAGAAUGAAUAUAUGAACGAUAAAAUAGUAGAAGAAGUUGGUGGUGGUGAGGUAUAUAAAAAGAAAAAAGGAAAUUCUUUUAGAAAUAACUAUAAUGAUAAAUUAUUUAUGAAUAAUAAAAGUUUGUUAAAAGGAUUAUGCACUUUGCUAAUAUCAUAUGAAGAUAUAAUAAGAAAUAUGUCUUACAAGGAGAUGUUUUUUUUAUGUGAAAUUUUAAAUAAAGAGAAAUUGUUUGUGCACACAUCUAUUUUGGGAUAUAUAUCUAAUCGUUUAUGUUACGAUAUAAAAAAAUAUAGAUGUUCAUUAUUGAAGUUUCCUUCAUAUGUUGACUACAUAAUGUUUAUAGCAAUUUUUAUAUAUAAUAACAAAUAUAAUGAUGAUAAGUUGUUAAAUAAUAUAUAUUCUAUAUUUUUAUGUAAUAAUACAGAUUAUAUGUUGAGCUUUAGAAAUAUGAUAAAAAACAAAAUAAUAUAUCAUUAUUGUUUUUAUUUAUUAUGUAUCCAAAAGGAUAUGAGAAACUGUGUCCCCUACUUAAAUUUUAUAUUGAAAAGUGUGUCCUUAUUUGAGCCUAUGAUGUUAUACUAUAUAAUUUUAAUAUAUUUUUAUAAGAGUGCAAAAAAUAAGUACAAGCAUUUAUUCAAUAUGAAACAUAUAAAAACGAAAAAAAGAAUAAAUUAUAUAAGCCUUUCAAAUAGCAAGGAUAUCAUAAAAAGUAAUAUAAAUAUGAAUCAUCCAUAUAGUUUAUAUAAACCAGUUAACGUAUUAAAUGAACAAGAAUUUGAUGAAGAAUUGCUUAGAUUGUUUUUGCCUAUGUGGAAUGUAAUGUUAACAAGGAGAGGAAGAAAAAUGUUGGAUUUUUUAAUUAUGUUGAAUAAAUUUUAUGAUAAUAUAAAUGUACGACAUUAUUUAUUUAACAAAAGGGUUAUAAGAAAAGUAGAGAGAUAUAUUAAUUUGGUUCAUGAAAAAAAUAAAACAAAUAAAACAAACAUAAAUAUUAAAUCCAAAGAAUAUAUUGAUUAUGAUAAAUAUUUUAGUUGUGUGAAAAAUUCUGGAUUCAUAAUUCUUUGUGAUGAUCCAAUUAUCAAAGAACCAGUUCUUUUCGAUAUUCACAAAUUACAAGCUAUAAAAAUAGAACGAAAUAAUAUUUCUAAAAAUGAAAUAUACACAAAUGAUUACAACAAAGAAAAGAAAAUAAAGGAAAGUAUAAAUUACUUAUUAAAUGACUAUAAGUAUAAGAAAGAUAUUAUAAUUAAAAAAGCUAGCACAAUAUAUUCGAAACCUGCAAAAUAUUUUGAGAACUAUAAAAGGGGAACCUCAGUCCAGCAGUUUCUGUCCAUAUAUGAUGAUUGA